GCUGCAUCUCCACCACUCUCCCCAAAGCCAUGGCCAAUUCCCUCUGGGACACCAGGGCCAUCUCCUACUCAGGGUGUGCUGCACAGGUCUUUUUGUUUGUCUUCUUUAUUGGAACUGAAUUUUCAGUUCUCACCAUCAUGGCCUAUGACCGCUACAUUGCCAUCUGCAAGCCCCUGCACUACGGGACCCUCCUGGGCAGCAGAGCUUGUGCCCAGAUGGCAGCAGCUGCCUGGAGCUGUGGUUUUUUCAAUGCUGUCCUGCACACCGCUGAUACACUUUCACUGCCCCUCUGCCGGGGCAAUGCUGUGGACCAGUUCUUCUGCGAAAUCCCCCAGAUCCUCAAGCUCUCCUGCUCAGAGGCCUACCUCAGGGAAGUUGGGUUACUUACGGGUAGUAUUUCUUUAUUUUGGGGUUGUUUCACUUUCAUCAUGCUCUCCUACGUGCAGAUCUUCAGGGCCGUGCUGAGGAUGCCCUCUGAGCAGGGCCGGCACAAAGCCUUUUCUACGUGCCUCCCUCACCUGGCCGUGGUCUUCCUGUUUAUCAGCACUGCCAUCUUUGCCUACCUGAAGCCCCCUUCCAACUCCUCCCAAUCCCUGGACCUGGUGCUGGCAGUUCUCUACUCGGUGGUGCCGCCAGCAGUGAACCCCGUCAUCUACAGCAUGAGGAACCAGGAGCUCAAGGAUGCAGUGAGGAAACUGUUCGAGUACUUCCAGCAUCAAUAAGGCGCCCAUCAUUCUAACAGGCCACUCAGCACAGACAGAAGAGACUCUAGAAACUUUGCAUCCCUGAUGCUGCCUUACUCACUAAUUAGCUUUAUUUGUAGGAAUGUACGGGCUUGUAUCGCAGAAUGAGGGUGAGAUGACCGAGGCCUGAAGGAUGUGUCGGAAGAUCAGGUGAGGAACUCCUGCUGUGCGUGUGGCCUUGGGUGUGUAACCGACGACGGUGAUAAAAAGAACGAGACCUGAGCACGUGCAAGAACUGGGUUCCACCAGCAAACACGGUGAGGAAGACUACCAGCGACCACCAGAAGACCCUGAAAGACCACCAGUAGAAAUAAACGGGGACGUUUACAUAUUCUAAGGAGUUCCAGAAAGUAACAGUACCGAUGCGUUAAUUAUUUUUUGGAAAUCCGAUGGAUAUGUAUGCUCUGAUUGCAUAUAACCUCUGUCGCUUGAACAACUCGGCGCACACACCAGGUGGAGCAAUCCCCUGUGGGCCCAGCACCACAAUUAAUGAAAUUUCUGCUUUCUUCUCCAAAUUGAAUCUUAGAGAGUUUCUUCGACCCGCUUUUACAAUCUUACCAGCUGCUAAGUCCAGGUUGAUCUUCCUGGGAGCAGCGCCGGUACUUUGAUAACCCACCAACCGAUGUGACCGGGAGCUUUGCUCCUUACCAUUGCCUCCAUGUUCGUUUUGCCAGCUCUGUGCCUCAGUUUUGCUGAUUGUUCCCCUUUCCUUUCUUAUUUUUAGGCCAAUCUUUUCUUCUUAACCCAAACUUUUAUUUUUUAGCCCAAUCUUUUCUUCUUAACCCAACCUUUUCUUAUUUUUAACCCAAACAACACUCCCACAUUCUGUCUCUUUCCUUAUCAAUCUGUACACGUGACCACCUCAGCCCUGCGAAGCUUUGUACUUACAAAGAUGAGCUGCUCAGGAAUUUAAAAGCCGCGGGGGAGAAGGUAGAAAUGAGGAUCCUGAAGGAGGGAGACGAGGCACAGAAGAGGACUUGAGGUGAAUAGGAUCAGGUGCACGGGUGGUGGUUUCCUCCUUCCUUCCAGUGGCAGGGAUCAAUAUUGAAAGGAACGGGCAGAUCAAUACGUGGCGCCGAGGCUGGUGCCACUGACAGAGUUUUGGGUUUCUUGAUCAUGGGGAGGUCUACGUGACACUGAGCCCACUGACUCCUGAUGGGGAGCACCUUUCUUUGAGAGAUCUUCGCCCAGGAGUCAGCAGGGCUGAUGGACAGGGCUUUAAACUAGAUCUGAAGGGGGACAGGGACAAAACCAGGCCCAGCGGUGCCAAGCUGUGGGACCGCACGACAAUUUUGGAGGAACUGCACGAUAAUGAGGCCCUUCAGUCUUGGCUGCAGUGACAGUGAGAUGGCGGAGUUCAGGAUCUUAGAAUCAUAAAA